AUGACUCGAGUCGAACCUAACUCAACAACAAACCUAACGACAUCCACAAGUGGCUUUGCCGGCUUCGCAGAUGGCACGGAUGCGUUGGUGGAGGAGAUGUUGAAGUUACAAGGGAUGGAGGAGCUGGAGGUAACCGAGAACGACGCAUCGUCUAUAGAGAACGAACUUGUUAAAAGUAAGAAGAUAAAAAUGAGUAACGAUGAUGUUUGUUUUGAAAAGGUAGUUGUUGCUAAUGAUGUGGUUGUCGAUGUCGAGGUUGAUGGUGUAACGACGUCAUUUUGGACACCAUGUGCAUCUCCUCGGCAUUAUUAUAUUCCUUCACCGUCUCCUUUUCGUGAUGGAAAUCAAUCACGCAAGAAUUCAAAGACCGAAAAUGAAGACAAUGUCGUUUUAGGUGAUUCUAGUGAGAAUACGAUGUCCUUUGUUACCAUAGAAAUUCAUAGUUAG